AUAACUACAGAUGAACAGCUCCUCCGGUCGAGAAUCACCAAAUCACCCUUGAAGAUAGGAUUAUUGUGACGCCUUUAAUCGUUGUUGUGAACUCGCUCGGGAAUGUAAAGUGUUCAGAUGUCUGUAGAUAUAGGCGUGUCAUUUUGUCAAUCCAGAAGCCUCGGCCCCGCCCCUCCGUGAAGCAUAGAAAACUGACCGAUGCGUAAUAUAUUCGCCCAGCGCUACAAAAUCAAGAAAGUUAAACCGUACAGUAGACGAGAGGACACGCUUAUCAACAGUUCACGUCUACAUUUGUUUUCUCACGUUUUUCCUUCGUACUCUCGUACUGAUACACAGCUUUAUUAAGGGAAAUAAAGCUUGGGACUUAUUACACUUUUAAAAUCGGCGUUUAUGGCCACCAUGUUAACGAUGAGCGCUGGACUAGCUCCGGGAGAAGAGGAGCCGUUUUACUCGCAUCUCAAACCUGCGCUGACUGGAGGUUUCCAAGGAGAGGGCUCGGUGCUGUUCACCGUGGAUACGAAGAACACAAUCUGUGGACGUACCGUGUCGACCGACUACACCCAGGCCAAAUCGGAAAUGGACAAAUACCUUACGCCCCAGCCCUUUGUAAUCCCCGAGGCUAAGAAGGUGCGGCGGGACAGUUCCUCUGUGGUUGACCAGUUCUUUGGCGAAGAGCACGGCUCCCCCUACAGCAUAAACAUGAACGUGUUCCUGCCGGACCUCACGUACCUGCGGACUGGUCUGUGCCGGCCGCAGAGGCCGCCGGUGGCCCAGGUGAAGGCCGAGCCCACCCAGCCGUUCAUGCACCCCAGCUGCCACGGCGGCAUGAGCAGCACGCUGCCGGAGUUCACCAGCAUCUUCAGCCCGUCCCCCGCCAACCCCGCCGCCGCCGACGGCAACAGCAUCUUCAUCAAGCAGGAGAUGCCGUCCCUGGACCUGGCCCAGGAGGGGCCCCUGUACCAGCUGCUCAGCUCCGAGCUGGAGGGCCCGCUGUCGGGGGGGCCCAUGCCCGCGUCCGUGUCCCCCUACGGCGAGCUGCACUUACCGCCGCCGCAGAGCCCCGGCAAGCCCUACGGCGGGAUGCGCGACGGCGCCGGGGGCGGGGCCUAUUCCCACUCCGCCCACUCCGCCCAGUUCGCCCCGCAGGCCCAGCAGAAGGCGGCCUACCUGCCCCCCUCGCCCCCCAGCUCGGAGCCGGGCAGCCCGGACAGGCAGAAGGAGCUCCUGCAGAACAUGUCGCCCCCCCCCUCGUACGCGGCCAGCAUCGCCUCCAAGCUGGGGGGGCACAGCGCCAGUCUCCCCGCUGCCCUGCCCGCGCCCCCGCAGUCCAUGCCCGUCCGCUACAACCGGCGGACCAACCCCGACCUGGAGAAGAGGCGGAUACACCACUGCGACUUCCCAGGAUGCAAGAAAGUGUACACCAAGUCGUCGCAUUUGAAAGCCCACUUGAGGACACACACGGGGGAGAAGCCGUACAAGUGCACGUGGGACGGGUGCGACUGGCGCUUCGCCCGCUCGGACGAGCUGACCCGCCACUUCCGCAAGCACACGGGCGCCAAGCCCUUCCAGUGCGCCGUGUGCAGCCGCAGCUUCUCCCGCUCCGACCACCUGGCGCUGCACAUGAAGAGGCACCAGAACUAGACCACUGCCCCCAACUCCGCCCCUAACCCCGCCCCCAAAUCUUCCCCAAACUCCGCCCCU